UUCUGUUGGUGUCCAGGGGCGACCAGGAUCUCUCCAAACUCUAUGUCUUUAAGAGGAUACUUAAUUCCUGAGCAAAGAUGUUCUUCAUAUGAUACAUCCCUAAGGACGAACUGGACAUCUGCGACACGAGAACAAUAACAAAUCAGAGAAGAAAAAUCCGAUUGUUGUAGAAUUCGAUUGCGGUGUCCUAGAUUAUAAAGAAGCGUGUAUUCGAUGGUAAUCAAAUUUCUCCCGUUGUCACAUCGAUCACGAUUUUGACGUGAACACCCACUUGCGACAGUUGUACGAGAGUUGGACGCGCGGAUGACAGACGAGUGCCGCAGGUUGUGUUGGAAAAGAAAUCUUGCAUGAGAGAUAUCGGCUGCAGUGUUUCAUAAAAGAUGAUUUUAUGGGUUGGUAUUUAUCCAAGGAGCAGAAAUCGUUCGAUUGCGUUGUACUUUAAGGAAUGACAAGAUAAUUGGUUGUACAUUUUUCUGACUUUACUUUCGACGGAGUAAUAAAACAGAAAUAUAUUGGAUAGAUAUUAGAUUGCAUCUGACAAGCAACCGUUUGACUGGACAUAAAGGCCAUAUCACAAUCUUUGUGAACUUCUUGUACGCAACAAAAUCAGAAAUAAGACUGAACUGCCAUUUGAUCAUCGACUAGCGUAAAGGGUACCAUUCUUCUCCUGAACUUAGGACAUAAAGUGAAUUGUCUUCUUCCGCGAUGACGACACAGUUGAACUUUGACCCCGAGGUCAUGACAACAGAGGCCCUAAACUUUACCGAUUCUUGGCCAGAUAAUGACACCGGUAAUGGCAUUGUUGACAGGUGGUCACUUGACAAACACAUCCAGCUUGCCAUACUAUGGAUCCUCUUUACGCUUAUCAUAGUCGGUAACGGGAUUGUCCUCAUUGCAUUAUGGCUGGUACGACACAAGAAAUCCAGGCUCAACUUCUUCAUCACUAAUCUCGCCGUUGCGGAUAUCUGCGUUGGUCUUUUCAGCGUUGGUCUUGAUAUAAUCGAUCGACAGACGCCAGAGUUUACAGGAGGUGACAUAGCAUGUAAAUUGUAUCGAUACGUCCAAGCCUACGUGGUGCUAGCGUCAUCGUACCAGCUUGUAGCAUUGAGCUUUGAUCGAUUCUUCGCUAUAGUUUUCCCCAUGGAUUUCACAGGCAGCGGUAAAAGGUCAACACUUCUGGCUGCGGGUGGUUGGUUACUUCCCAGUGUCCUGUGUAUUACGUCAGCAGUGGUUUUUCAAGUUGAUCUGUUAGACUCCCCGGACAGGAAAUCUAAAGUGAUGUCAUGCUGGCCGGCACCGUUAUAUGGAGACCAAGCCUGGAAACUCAAAGUGUACUCAAUGUACGUCAUUUCUUCGUUCUUCUAUAUUCCGUUAAUACUCAUCACUUUUUGUUACGUCACAAUCAUCGUAACCAUCUGGAAGAGAGCAAAGAAGAUGGGUGGUCCACAGGUGAUCAAGAAGUCCAAAAAUUCAAACAGAGAUGUGGCAUACGAAGGUUUGUCAAAGGAUAGUAACUGCACCAUGCCUAAACAUCGAGCGAGCUCACGGGGUCUCAUCCCAAAAGCUAAGGUCAAAACUAUCAAGAUGACCAUAUGUAUUGUGUUGGCAUACAUCUGUUGCUUCUUACCGUUUUCUCUAUUCUACACAUUGGAAGCGUUUGGUUGCAUUAAUCCACAGAGCACGGCUGUCCUCAUGGCUACACCGGUUCUUCAAAAUCUACCGUCCUUGAACAGCGCCACCAAUCCAUUCAUAUAUGGCAUUUUCAGCACUAAUGUAUGCAAGGAGUUGAGACGGAUACCCGCAAUCAAUUGGAUAGCCGAUAAAGUGCCGUGCUGCACGGCUUGGAAACCGCUCCGGUUCGGACGCACCACCUACCAGACAAAUACACACACCACGGAAUUCAACAACUUCUCCGACGGUCAUACGGGCUCCAGAGGGCGUAAUAUCGUUAGCAUGAGUGGGAAGGUCGUCGAUGGCCCCUCCAGAGAUGAUAGUCGAAAUUCGACCACCAGUCCGAUGUAGCUCGACUUCAUCCACGGUAUCGUUAUCGAUGGUUUAUAUGAAACGAGGACAAUGUUUGGACCACUUUUCAAUUGAUUGAUUUUAUUUAACAGGGUAGUCUUUUCAUUUGUUACACUUUGAAAAAUGACAAGAGUUUGGCCUCUAAAAAUGGAUGGUCAUGAAACAUUACGUUUCCACAGGUGUUUGAUGUUUAACAUCGACUGAGCCCAUCAAACUGAGAAGUCAAUGGAUCUGUGACAUUUUCAUGAUCUAAAGGUAAUAUUUGACAAAUAUUUGACGUGAUGGAAAGGGUCUCAACUAACACUGAUACACUGGUUGGUUUGAAAUCAAAUCGUCAUCAUUUUACGUGUUUUGAUCCCCCUUAAUAUUGUAUUCGUAGUUUCAUUGUGUUAGAAUAUGUAUGUUGUUUUACUAAGCUUCAAUGACUCGUCCGGAAAACGUAGUCACAUAGGUUAUCAGUUGACGGGUAUGGUAUACAUGUAAUACUCGGUCAUCGUAAAAAGACCGAUAUUAUUACGCAGAUUUUAGAGCAUUUUGAAAAUAUAUACGACUUCAGCCAUGUCAGAAUGCUAAGUGAUAAUUUACAAUACAUCAUAAUUACUUCUAUCCCUAUCCCUUUCUUUACCCCCCCCCCCUCUCCCUUCCCCACCACAUUUCCAUUUUGACACAACUGGACUAGUUUCCCUUUUCACGCGUUAACCUACGGGACUUAAAGACAAAAGAAAGAUGGCUGACCUAUCAAUAACGGCUCUUCAGAUGACCAACCUACAUAUUGUUCAUCUCUGAGGACGACAGUCUGCUGACAACAUGAAAAAUGCCAAGGAUUUAGAGGACCAAAGCCUUCCCCAACUAUUACCUGAACUAUGGAAUGACAAUAGACCAGUUCGUAGUUACUUCAUGGACAAUUUUGGUCAAAUUACCUUUCAUUUCUUUCAUUAUGAU